AUGUGCAAUUGCAUAAUUUUGGAACAGAUCCCAGAGGAAAUCCACGAACUGCCGAGCGUGUUGAGAUCAAUCAACCAACUUUCCACGGCAUCAAACCUGCGACGAAGUGCCUCUGGCCUGAGUUCUACCGACACAUGCAUUUCGGCGGACCGAUACCUCAAGGAGAGUGCGCAUCCUUCCGGCAGCGCAGUCACUCCGAUGUUCAACCAGCGAGAAUCCAAGCUAUCCACAAUCAGUGCACCGCAAGGGCUCGGUUCGCCAUGCGGGUUCGAAUGCCGUCCUAUCCAACUGGAGGGACACUUUGCGAACCCAAGAAAUGUGGCUUAUUCUGGUCUUCCUCGAAGAAACGUCUCUUCGCAUCCCUCCCUGUUGAGGUUAGACACAUCCAGUGAGAGCAAAUCACCUGUCAAAUUUGACAACGCUUCCGAGACUGCGGAGGAGGAAGAGGAAGUGGGCGUUGGAGAAGUAGGUGCAGGAACUGACUCUGAAUGCGAGCGGCUUGAUGAAAAACUCUGCGCCUACUCGACAAGGGAUCAGCAGUUCUUUGGCGACGACUUCCAAUGCAACGGGGCAGCCGCAUCCGGGAUCACGUCAAACCUAAGUAAACCCUACACAGACGCGGAAUUAGGUUCGAUUAAUGAAGCGGUAAGUGACUGCAGAGUGCUUUACUUGAAAAUCUUUUAUGAUGACAUCUCAGGAAAUUUGCAUACGCUGAUGUCCGAACCACUUGCGGCCCCUUUUUUUGAGCAGCCACCGACAAAAUUACAUAAGAAAUCCUACGAAAGAUUUACAUUUCAUUGA